CUAACUCCCAAAAGCGGUCUCCAACCCCCAAUCAUUCCGUCAUACCCAAUUUUAUUAUCUCUCCAACUCCUCUCCUUCUCCUAGUGGGGCUCCAUUCUUGCAAAGUUGACAGCUUCUCUUGGCCGCCUCCGAUCGGACGCCGUACGUCCACCAAACCCGCCAUUGUCUCCUUUCCUCUGCCUCCCGACCCCAGCUCAUCGGCAUCCUCCUCUUCUGUUUCUGGACUGAUCCACAAAGCCCCCAUGAAUCUUUGGUGAUGGUCCGCGAGUUGUUUGCCGUGCUGGUGCGCGCGGCGCUGCAGUGGGCGCUGGCGUCGCUGCUGCUCGCCAACGGCGCCGCCUUCUGCCUCAUCGCGGCCGCGGCCUCGUCGCUCCGCCUCGGCCCGCCCUGCCUCCUCUGCGCACGCGUCCACCGAUUGCUCUGCUCCGACUGCGGCGAGGAACAGCAGGACGCCUUCCGCCGCCUGCUCUGCGCCGCUCACCUCGCCGCCGUCGCGCGCUUAGGCGCAGCAGAACCAGAGCCGCAGGCGUGCUCUCCGCCUCAUCACGUCGGCACGGGGACGAAACUCGAUUCGGAUAAACCUCGAGGUCUAGAGUCUCACCGCGUCGUCUCCAUCGGCAGCGAGAUCUGCGAGCAAGAUCGUGGCGCCCACGACGACGACCAACCUCGUGCCGCCGCCGACGUCCUCAGCAACCUCGAAAGAACGUCGAGCAUCGGUAGCGAAGGCCCGUACGUGUCCCUAUUCGAGCUCGCUCCCCUCAUCGCCCUCCCGGAAGACAACCGGCCGCCGGAUCACGGUCACGGGACGACCAAGCCGGAGGAGCACGGGAGCGCGUCCUCGACCGACGUGACGGGCGGCGAGCAGGCGCUGACAGUAAGCGGCCUCGUCGCCGCCCUCGGAGCGCAGCGGAGGGAGCUGGAGGCGGCGCGCGCGGAGCUGCACGGCGAGCGGCGCGCCAGGGCGGAGCUGGAGGAGCAGGGCGAGCUGGACCGGGAGGCGGCGCGGGUGGCCAUGCAGCUCGUCCACGAGACGGAGACGGAGAAGCACGAGCUGCAGCGCCAGCUCGACGCGUUCAGGGUCAGGGCCCAGCUCUACGACGACCACGACGCCGGCUUGGAAACUGACUACUCUGCUCCUCCGACCAACCGGCUCCGCCUCCGGCCGAGCCGCGACGGUGGCCUGGAAGUGGAAGACGAGGCGAGCUGGGGCGGGAACAAGAACUACCAGUCGCUGGUGGACUUCUUGCCGGGCUCGGUCUACUCCUCGUCGCCGGACCUGGCGAACCUGCUGAGGCUGUACACCGCCCAAGGCAAUGGCAAUGGAGCUCGUCGGCAGAAAGAGGGUGAUAUCAGUAUCACUGAGGAGGAGGAGGAGGAAGAGGAGGUCGUCGUCGCCGUCACCGUCACGGCCGCAGCUGUCUCUGGUUUCGACGGCGGGAUCGGCGAGGCCACUAGCACUAGCGCUGGUGGUGGUGGCGACCAGGUCGAAGCAGAUCUUGCACAAGACGAAGCUGCAGGUGUAGUGCGUGCGUGAUGCAUCGGUCGCAUAUCACCAAUUGACCAUGCAUGUGUGUGCGUAUGUACAUAUUGAUUGCUUUGUUUUCCAUUUAUAUAUCGGCCGUUCAUUUACACUAGUAUUUGUUGUAUGCACAUAUUGACAGCUUCGUUUAUACUUUGGAUUGUCGGAGCAAUUUCCAA